AUGGCCAGCGGUGCGAUGCAGUUUCCUUACCUGAGUCCAGCUGUCCCCUUCCAAGGCUUCAUCCAAGGUGGGCUCCAAGAUGGCCUGAAAAUCACCAUCGCCGGAUAUGUUCUUAAUGUCUAUGGAGAAAACAGGUUCCACGUGAACCUUCAGAAUGGCGGCAGCGGCAAUGACGUGGCUUUCCACUUCAACCCUCGCUUUAAUGAAGGUCUUGUGGUCUGCAACACGAAGCAGAAUGGCUGCUGGGGGCCUGAGGAGAGGGAGAGGCGUAUGCCCUUCAGGAAGGGGAAUACCUUUGAGCUGUGCAUCCUGGUACGGAGCGCAAGUUUCACUGUGAAUGUGGAUGGAAACUUCUUCAACCAGUACUCACACCGCGUGCCCUUCCACCUCGUUGACACCAUCGCUGUGGCCGGCUGCGUGCAACUGUCCUAUAUCAACUUCGAAAGUUCCGUCGUUUCAGCUUUGGCAUACCCCGACACCAACCCAGUCUAUCCGAUGCCUUACUUCACCCUCAUCUCGGGAGGACUCUCCCCGUCCAAAAACAUCUUCAUUUCAGGCAUUGUCCCACACAAUUCUAACAGCUUCUACAUCAGCCUGCGCUCGGGGAAUGACAUCGCCUUCCACAUGUGCGCCCAGCUGCUCGAGAACACCGUAGUGCGGAACACGCAGAUCUAUAGUUCCUGGGGACUGCAGGAGUGCAGUCUGCUCGGCCCCAUGCCCUUCGUCCGUGGCCAGGGCUUCCAAGUGCGGAUCCUAUGUGAGAACCAUUGUCUCAAGGUGGCGGUGAACGGCCAGCACCUGUUUGAGUACAAACACCGCAUGGCGUAUUUGCCUGGCAUCAACAACCUGGAAGUCGGGGGUGAUGUCCAACUGAGCCAUGUGCAAACAUAA